AUGCUUUUGCGUCCUCCAGCUUCUGCAGGUAAGGUGCAACUUGGUACACAUUCCUUCACUUUCGAUCAUGUCUAUGGAAGCUCUGCUUCCCCAUCAUCCUCCAUGUUUGAAGAUUGUGUUUCUCCUCUUGUUGAGGGUCCGUUUCAAGGAUAUAAUGCUACUUUUCUAGCUUACGGCCAGACCGGUUCAGGGAAGACAUACACCAUGGGAACCAGAUUCAAAGAUGGUUACCAAACCGGAGUUAUUCGUCAAUCCAUGGCUGCUUUAUUCAACAAAAUCGAAAGUUUACAAGAUCAAAUAGAGUUCCAGUUGCAUGUUUCCUUCAUCGAGGACUCACUUGGUGGGAACAACAGAAUCGUUAUGAUAGCUUGUGUUAGUCCUGCUGAUAUAAAUGCUGAGGAGACUCACAACACUUUAAAGCGAUUCUGGUGUGAUAGGAUGGAAACAACAAAAGAGUUGGAGCAUACUCUUCUCCAAGACUUCACGGAUAAAGAGUUACAUGAGUUAAAUAAAAGUUUGGAUACUUUUUGA